CUUGCUUGCCUCGCAUCCAUUUUACCCCGCUCACGUGCACGUGUGUGACAUGUUGAAGGCGUUAUUUUUCCUCGCUGCAAGACAACCACGAGCCGCAUUCCUCGCCUCUGCUUCGAGUGUUGCUGAGACCUGUGCUGUUGGUGCAAAGCCCGCCACCGCUUCUUGCUCAACCACCACACGUUCCAUCAUGACGUCCGCAGCCCCCGUUGUUUCCCGUGCUGUCAACCAGCAGCUCCUGUCGCAGGAGCAGGGUGAGGGCAUGGGCGCGCGCGUGCGCCGGUCCAUUGGACGCCCCGAGCUGCGCAACUUCGACCCUUUCCUCAUGCUGGACGAGUUCCGCGUGAAAAAGGGCGCCGGGUUCCCAGACCACCCGCACCGCGGCUUCGAGACUGUCACGUACAUGCUGGACGGCGCGUUUGAGCACGAGGACUUUUGCGGUCACCGCGGCCGCAUCAACGCAGGCGACCUGCAGUGGAUGACGGCUGGUCGCGGUGUUGUCCACGCGGAGAUGCCCGCCUCAGAAGAAGGCCACGGCCUCCAGCUCUGGGUCAACCUUGGUGCCAAGGACAAGCUUGUCGAGCCACAAUACCAGGAGCUCAAGGCAGACGAGAUUCCGCACGCGGAGAAGGACGGUGUGGAGGCCAUCAUCAUUGCCGGCAAGGCCUUUGGCGUCGAGUCUCCCGUGUUCACACGCACGCCGACAUACUACCUCCACUUCAAGAUGCAGCCAGACUCCCGCCUCGACCAGGAGAUCCCAGCCGAGAUGAAUGCGUUCCUGUACACGCUCUCCGGGACCAUCCUCGUCGGCGAGAGUGGCGAGAAGUGCGAAGCCCACAGCACGGUGACGCUGACGCGGGACGACGAGCAGACGGGCGUGACAAUCAAGGCGGACAAGGGCGCUGCAGAGUUUGUUCUCAUUGCCGGCGUUCCCCAUGGCGAACCCAUUGUGCAGUACGGACCGUUUGUGAUGAACACGCCCGAACAGAUCCAGCAGGCCUUCCUCGACUACCAGACGGGGCGCAACGGCUUUGAGAAGGCGCGGCGCUUCCAGAGCGAAAUCGGCAAACCCCUCAUGUAACCAACACACACACACACACACACACACAUACACACACACAUGCUUGCGCUUGUUUCUUUUGUCUCCAUAAAAGGCAUCCUCAACAACAGUUUACUUGGUUGUCAACUGCAACGACUACAACACAAGUCAAACAAGCGUCACCAUACGAUUCAACGGCCAACAAGCAGCACUCUCUCUUACACACGUUCAACCUCAUCAAACAAACAAGCAGCCAACACGGAGAA